AUAUAAUAUUAAUCAUUCCAGAUAUCCUGCUUAAAUAACGUGUGCGGUAUGCUCCCGUUCCUUUCUGUUGAGGUGCCUGACCAAUUUUAUCGUCUAUUCACGUCGCUUUGUUUGCAUGCCGGUAUACUUCAUCUGGCCAUUACAAUCGCUUUUCAACACAUUUUUCUAGCCGACCUGGAACGUUUAAUCGGGCCAAUUCGAACCGCUAUUGUAUACAUUGGUUCCGGUUUGGCAGGCAACUUGACCAGCGCUGUAUUAGUGCCAUACAAGCCAGAGGUUGGACCAUUCGCAUCAUUGUCUGGGGUGGUUGCCUCACUGGUUGUUCUGCUUAUACUAACUCACUGGAAACAAAUGCGCAAACCUCAUAUAGCUCUAUUCAAACUGAUAUGCACAGCAGCACUCCUUUUCGGAAUUGGUACACUUCCGUGGCAAUUGAACUUUGCAGGCCUGUUGGCAGGUACAUUUUGCGGGAUCUUCUUAACUAUCGCAUUGGUGCCGUUUGUCACCAUCACCAAAUACGGACGAAAAGCAAAGAUAAAUCUUAUCUGGUCCUGCAUCCUGUUCCAUUUUUUCAUAUAUUCGGUAUUAUUAGUGACAUUCUACGUAUUUCCGACGGAAUUAACCUCUCUAAAUGUGGAGGAAGUUUUCGGUACUAAUUUCAAUUCGAAUUCGGGUGGCAGCAAUAUGGCCGACCGUCCUAGUUUUGGUGUCAGCGUUGGAGGAAUUGACCUCAGUAGUAGCCAUUUAGUCGGCGGCAGUGAUAUACCGUGUAUUGUCACCAACGAGAAUGACCGAAGUGCCGAUGGCGGUAGUAAAGAUAAUCAAUAUGAAUCGGUGCAGCAACAGCAACAAUAUUACUAUCGCCGUCGCUCAAGUGAUAUAUUAACAAAAGGAGCGCAAUGCUUUCCUUGACCAAUUCUAUAUGGAAAUGAAUGCGUUUGCAAACGAUGUUUUCGGCUAUGAACAAAUGUUGGAAUCGAAUGAAAAAGGAAAGAAACGCGAAAUGAUAAAAAAAAUUCUUGGAAAAUUUAAAAUGAAUGGUGCUUCAUUGGAAAAAUUCAAAGAAGUAUACCACACAACAACUCAUUCCAACUCUGAUUUUGAAAUCCUGUUGGAAUUGGUGAUCGAUAAUUGUGUCACUAUAAUGGUCAAUGGAAAUUUGCGUGUAUCAGACCCUGCAUAUUAUUUACCAUAUCAACUUUUUAUGGAACAUAUGGACCAAAUGAACACAAAAAAAUAAUUUAGUUUUGUUUUGAUUUUUUGCAACAUUUUGGUUUUCAGUUAAUACAAUAAAAACAAUACUAUUUUUUCGUGAACACAAGUGAACACAAAAUUCUAAAUUUAUUACGUUGUUUGUUUAGUAUUUUUUUAGAAAACAAGUAAAUUUUUUGGUUUUGAGGAAAUUUGUUUAUUGUUGCUAUUUGUGAAGGCGUAGAUAUUUGUAAGUAUUUGACUAUAAUCCUAAAAGUU